GUUGCUGCUGCUUCUUUUUCUACCUCUAUCUUUAUUUCCUCGCAGCCGCUCGGCCAGAAUAAUGGGGAUUUCUGUGAAUUAACGUCCCCUAACCCCCUCAGACUGGUGUUUUCCGUGUUUAUCCGCCCCCCAGACCUCGCAGUUUGUCCCCGGGGAGCUCGUAAUUCGGCCAUGCCGGCCCGGUAGCGGCUAGGGAAGUUAGCCGCCUCGUUUGUUUCGCGCAUUUCAAGAAGUCUCCCUCGCUGAUUUUCUAACGUGCUAAACCGGUUUUUUUUCUACACCAAAAAAACCUCGCUUUUCCUGCCUCAAAAAGUACAAGAAACGGCUCUCAGGCGUUUUUAAGAUGAGGGAGCAGCAUUUCUGCAGCAACAAAGAGGAGAAGAGGAGCUGAUUUUCCUCUUCUUUCUGUGUUUUUUGAGUCUUCCUCACACCUUUCAGGAGGUUUAUCCCGGGGGUGGGAGGUUAGGUCAGGUCCUAGGAGGUUUAUCCCCGGGGAGAAGAGGUUUAUCCCGGGGAGAAGAGGUUUAUCCCGGGGUAAAUGGCUCCCCACAAACAGGGCUCCUCGCUGGGGUUCGGGGCUGGGGACCAGCCCGGAGCUGCAGCAAAGAAGCCGAACAUGCAGCUGCUGCAAGCCGACCAUGAUCUGUUCCUGCAGGCCUUCGAGAAGCCGACACAAAUCUAUAGGUUCCUCCGCACAAGGAACUUGAUAGCCCCAAUAUUCCUGCACCGGACGCUCACCUACAUGUCCCACAGGAGCUCCCGGAGCAACACCAGAAGCUCUAGGUAA